ACGAGUGGUCAAGAGAUGAAACUAUUGCAGAUGUGGCUGCUGAGAAGUACAACUUCAAUUUCCUUGACGAGCGAUUUGCGAAGGAGCAAGUGGAGCAUAAUCAAAAGAGGGUCCUGGCUGAAGCGAGCAGGUUCUAUUCUGAAGGCAGCAACAACAACGCUGAUAUGAGCAGCUUCGGGGCAGCACCGAGAAGACAUAGGUCCAGCGAGACCAAGAGUCAGAGAUUGGCACAGCAAGAAGACAAAGGACAGAAGCAGAAUCUCAGAGAAUGGAAGAAGGAGACUGUCUACGACGACCAGGGCAAUGCGAUUCCUCGAUGGGUGAAAAUUUUGAAGGAUGGAAAGAAGGCCAGGAAACAAGCAAGAGAUGAGCGGAGGGAAGUAGAAGCUAAAGGACAUAUCGAGCGCGACAGAUCAGAGAUGGCUGUGUUUGAGGUAUGGGCGAAUGUCCGAUUCAUGCAACUCAAGACUAACCCCUUGCAUCAGGCCAAGGAAAUGAGAUCCAGAAACGGGGAUGUCUCCCAUGACGACGAUGGCAAUCUGAUCUCUCGAUGGCCGAAGAAUCGAAUAACCGCAGGCAAGAAAGAGAUCAGGCAGCGAGAGGAAUUCGAGCAGAGGUUUAACGAAGUACUUGCGAAACACGACGGCAAGAAGAAUCAAAACGACGACGGUAGGAUGGAUUUCGAGAUGGGCCACGAGGGAACGAGUGUAGAAGACCGGAACGACUAUGGUAGCAAGCGCAAGCGCCAAGACGAGGAUGAACUCAUGGAAUCAAUGGGGUAUAUCCCGGCAAAGACUGGAAGAAAGAGGUAGGUAUUGAAGCACGCGAGGAGGGGACCCCCUAAUGACUUCUUGAUAUUAGAUCUCGAAAUGUUGAUCGCGC